GGCCCUGAGGGGCUCUGAGGCGGGAGGGGGAGUCAUGGCCGCUGAGGGGGGGCUCCCCCUCACAGGGCUCGGUGAAGGGCAAUACUGCUCGGAUGGGCCUCGGUAUUUCUACAGCGGUUUGGGCAAUGAAGCAUCCUGCAAAAAGCGAGAGGAUUAUUUGGAAUGGCCUGAAUAUUUUAUGGCAGUAGCUUUUUUGUCAGCACAAAGAAGCAAGGAUCCAAGUUCUCAGGUUGGUGCCUGCAUUGUAAAUUCAGAGAACAAGAUUGUUGGGAUUGGAUACAAUGGGAUGCCUAAUGGCUGCAGCGAUGAUGUACUACCCUGGACAAGAACAGCAGCACACAGAUUAGACACAAAAUAUCCCUAUGUGUGCCAUGCUGAAUUGAAUGCCAUCAUGAACAAGAACUCGGCCGACGUGAAAGGCUGCAGCAUGUAUGUUGCCUUAUUUCCAUGUAAUGAAUGUGCAAAGCUCAUCAUCCAGGCAGGCAUAAAGGAAGUUAUUUUUAUGUCUGACAAGUAUCAUGACACUACAGAAAUGACAGCUGCUCGGCGGAUGUUUGAUUUAGCAGGUGUUAUAUAUAGGGAAUUCAAGCCAAAGUGUAACAAGAUCAUCAUCGACUUUGAUUCAAUUAACAGCAGACCAAGUCAAAAGCUUCUGUGAAUUAAGUCUCAUUAAGUCUCUAGAAGAGUGUGAUUAUCCUUUUCUAAAAAGCUGCUAAUGCCUUUCAUCUUCAAGUUACUUGCAACUUUUUAAUGGCUUCUGUAGCUAAAGUAGACUUCUUAAGAAAUCCAAGGCAUAAAAUGUAGCCCCCUCACUUCAGUCUUGUCAUGUGGAAUCUAAAUCUGCUUAAAAAUUUUUUAAUGCCUUUAUCGAAACUGCUUAAAAAGUCUGGAGACAUGUCGAUGAGACAAUGUAAUGUAUGUAAAGAAAACUGUUGUGAUUCUUGCUGUGUUCCUCACCACCUGCUCUGAUGGGCUGUCAGCGCCCAUUUCACUCGGCUGAACAGUAGCGCUCACUGGAACCAGCAGUACGUUGGGAUAUGCUAAUAUAUGCUGAUCUCUCUAUUGGAUACAUGGAUCUAAAUAGCUCAUCCUAAUAAAGGACAAAAAAAUGUUAGCUGUGCAAAUACUAAUCCUCCAGCUACCACAACACUAAUAUUUAAAAGAUAUAAUUUUAAGAACGUGAGACAUUCUGCAUGCGUUAUCCAACAAAUGAAAUGCUGAUUUUUCUUUUAAUUUCUAUUUAAUGCUGUUGUACCUGGGAUGGGGAGAGAGAGGAAUUUGUUCUGAGACCAGUCCCUGCUUUACAGGUGAUUUCAGCUCCUUGUUUUCCCCAAAGCUCUAGAAUUGGAAGGGGCUGAGGGAGUAAAUCAUUUGGCUCUUUCCUUUCAAGACUCUCACUUGGAGCUGAUUUUCAUGUGUCGAAGGAACUGAUUCUAUUGGUCUGAGCUGUUCCUAGACAAUCCAACGCAGCUCAGUCUUCAAAUCAACCUGUAUGGUAACUCGGUCAUUUUUUUGUCCUUUGAGAGAAAUUGGAGAUUGUCAAUCCAUAUCUGUGUCUGUGCCAAAAGAGGUAAUUACGGUGUUAGCUUGUUUCCCAGUGCUGGCGUAGUACCUUCAUUUUCGUAAAUGUUGCCUAAAAUAAUAUCCUUUUUAAUUUUAUCUUGAGAUCUGGGAAUAGAUUGGAGUUCCUUUUUCUCUAAUUUCAUUUUUUUUAAAUUAAAUAUGCCUAAUGGCUUUGUUUAGAUAACAUUGGUGGUUGGUUUUUUUGUUUUGUUUUUUAAACAUGGUUAUACUUCAAUGAGCUUUUAUUUUCUCUAUAAAAGCUUUGUUUCAUAUUUUGGGACAUUAUGUAAUUUGGCUUCAUACCAGUAUUAUUAAAGUCUUAUUAAAAUCCACUACGUUGAAGUAGACUCGUAAUUAUAAUAUUAAGCCAUGUGCUUGGCUCCAGAGUGCUGCUGUUUUUGCAAUCAUAAGCAAAGCAUAUUUUGUGCAUUUGUGAUAUUACAUAAAGUGUAAUGCUCAUGGACCAUUUGGCUACUAAAGGGAGCUUUGUAAUGUAUUAUAAGAUGUGUCCAUUUAUAAAGUAAUUUCUGACUUGUUUUUUUCUUCUUUUUUUUCCCCUACAACUGUUUUCCACCUCGAAAUUGGUCUGUGGCUCACUGCCAGGAGAAGAAAUUUGCACAUAUGUGGAGGGGGAGGUGAAACCUGAAAAAUUACUUUAAUAAAAUGUCACUAAAACA